CCUGAGCCCACCAGCAAGGGAGCAGCCAUGCCUUACCUCUAUCGGGCCGCAGGGCCCCAGAAGCACCCAGUUCCCAAGGAUGCCCGCAUCACCCACUCCUCAGGCCAGAGCUUCGAGCAACUGAGGCAGGAGUGCGUGCAGAAGGGCGUGCUGUUUGAGGAUGCAGACUUCCCAGCCAACAGCUCCUCUCUCUUCUAUAGUGAGAGGCCCCAGAUCCCCUUCGUGUGGAAACGGCCAGGGGAAAUAGUGAAAAACCCAGAAUUCAUUCUCGGAGGGGCCACCAGGACAGAUAUCUGCCAGGGGGAGCUUGGGGACUGCUGGUUAUUAGCUGCCAUUGCCUCCCUGACGCUGAAUGACAACGCUCUGGCUAGAGUUGUCCCCCAGGACCAAAGCUUUGGACGCGGUUAUGCCGGAAUAUUCCACUUCCAGUUCUGGCAGCACAGUGAGUGGCUGGAUGUGGUCAUCGAUGACCGGCUGCCCACCUUCAGGGACCGCCUGAUCUUCCUCCACUCCGCCGACCACAGUGAGUUCUGGAGCGCCUUGCUGGAAAAAGCCUAUGCCAAGCUGAAUGGGAGCUAUGAGGCUCUGAAGGGGGGCAGCACCAUCGAGGCCAUGGAAGACUUCACCGGGGGUGUAGCAGAGACCUUUGCAACUAAAGAGGCUCCAGAGAACUUCUAUGAGAUUCUAGAGAAGGCCUUGAAGAGGGGCUCUCUGGUGGGCUGCUCCAUUGAUAUCAGAAAUGCUGCAGAAUCUGAAGCCCGGACACCUUUUGGUCUCAUUAAGGGCCAUGCCUACAGUGUGACAGGAAUUGACCAGGUAAACUUCCGAGGCCAGAAAAUGGAGCUCAUCAGAGUCCGGAACCCUUGGGGUCAGGCUGAGUGGAACGGGUCCUGGAGUGACAGUUCCUCCGAGUGGUGUUCUGUUGGCCCAGCCGAGCAAAAGCGCCUGUGUCACACGGCUCUCGACGACGGGGAAUUCUGGAUGGCAUUUAGGGACUUCAAGGCCCACUUCGACAAAGUGGAAAUCUGCAACCUCACUCCUGACGCCCUGGAGGAGGAUGCUCUCCACAAGUGGGAGGUGACGGUCCAUCAAGGAAGCUGGGUGCGGGGCUCCACGGCCGGGGGCUGCCGCAAUUUCCUGGAUACCUUCUGGACCAAUCCACAAAUAAAAUUGUCCCUGACUGAGAAAGAUGAGGGGCAGGACGACUGCACUUUCCUCGUAGCCCUAAUGCAGAAAGAUCGAAGGAAACUCAAGAGGUUUGGAGCCGACAUGCUGACCAUUGGCUACGCCAUUUACCAGAGCCCCGGCAAAGACGAACACCUGAACAAAGACUUCUUCAGGUACAACGCUUCCCAGGCCAGAAGCAAAACGUUCAUCAACCUGAGAGAAGUCUCCGACCGCUUCAAGCUGCCCCCUGGGGAAUACAUCCUGAUUCCCAGCACUUUUGAGCCCCAUCAGGAAGCUGAUUUCUGCCUGAGGAUCUUUUCAGAGAAGAAAGCCAUCACCCAGGACAUGGACGGGGACGUGGACAUUGACCUUCCGGAGCCUCCGAAGCCGACUCCAACUGGCCAGGAGACAGAGGAGGAACUGCAGUUCCGGGCCCUGUUUGAACAAGUUGCGGGUGAGGACAUGGAGGUGACAGCAGAGGAACUGGAAUAUGUUUUAAAUGCUGUGCUGCAAAAGAAAAAGGACCUCCAGUUCAAGAAGCUAAGCCUGAUUUCCUGUAAAAACAUCAUUUCUCUAAUGGAUACCAGUGGCAACGGGAAGCUAGAGUUCGGGGAGUUCACAGUGUUCUGGGACAAGCUGAAGAAGUGGACAAACCUUUUCCUUCAGUUCGACACUGACAAGUCGGGCACCAUGUCCUCCUACGAGCUGCGGAGCGCCCUGAAAGCUGCAGGCUUCCAGCUGAGCCAUCACCUCCUGCAGCUGAUCGUCCUCAGGUACGCGGACGAGGGGCUCCAGCUCGGCUUCGAUGACUUCCUCAACUGCCUCGUCCGGCUGGAGAACGCGAGCCGGGUGUUCCAGGCUCUCAGCACAAAGAACAAGGACGAGGAGUUCAUUCAUCUCAACAUAAACGAGUUCAUAAACUUGACAAUGAACAUCUGAGGCUUCCCCAGCAAAGAUGCAGUCUGUCCGGCAGAGUCUUGACUUUUGGACCGUGAACUUCAGAACGUUUCUUGGUGUGGAGCUCUCCUCGCAUUAUCCAACCUUCUCCUCCCCCUGCCCCACCAUCCUGAUCUUGGAAGAAUGAAAUGGAUUCAGCUGUGAUCUCUGAUUUUAUGCUACUUCUUUGUACAAUCCCUGCCCUAAGAAAGGCUGAGGUUACCACCUGUGCCUUACGCUCAGGUUCAGGCAUUGUUAGCAAUUUCUCCCCCCACCUUCCCCACCUCUUCCCAGUACUAAUUAUCCAAAGUGUAACUCAGUGCACAGAGCCCUGGCUUCAGUGGAGUGUCAAUCAUUACACUCGAACAUCCUAUACAGGACAAUGUUUUUAUAAAUGUGUUGGGGCCUGAGAUGAGAACAGAAAGUUGUGAUGUCAUAAUUAAGUAUUGUCUUCAUCCUAGGUGUGUUUCCUUAUCGCGGGACAAACCUUGGGGGAAUUCCGGGUGCUUACUUGUAAGAGUGGAACAACAUGAAAAUCCCUAUUUCCUCCUCCAAGAGGUGGUAACUAAGAUAGUCUCUGUCCAGGCCAGACAUCCCUUGUGUCUAAAGCUUUGGGUCAGAACAGCCAGGUGCAGUGCUUUUCUUCUCAGUAGCCUGGAUUCAGGUCAGACUGGAUUGCAUUCAUUUCUACCAUGAUGGGGAAGAACAGAGUGGAGAAGCCUUGUUUUAGUUCCCUGACACUGAAUAGGAAAAUCCCACCAAAUUGGAAUAAUGGGAAAUAACGUGAUAUUGCCUCAGUAAAUGUUAGGUCUCAUUUUCUUAUUUAUAUACUUGUGGCAGGUGAGGUGGAAUGGAGGGGCGUGCAGAGAGAGAAGGGUGGGGACAAUGGUUGGGAUGAAGAUCUAGUUAGAAGUGAAACUUCAUCAGAUUCCUGUCUCCUGGCUAAAGAUGCCAGGGCAACAUGAUCUCGUCUCAAUUCCCAACCCUUCCCUGAUCUCACCCAGCAAUAGGAGCAUGAUGCAAUAACAAUGUUUUCUAGUUUCUGUACUUGAUAUUUGACAUCUUGAGGCUUUGCUAACCCUGGAGGGAUUGCCCUUCCCAAGGCUAGUCAAUUCCCAGAAGUAGCAAACAGCUUGCCUGCAAGUGUGCCUUUCAUAUACAAGCCAACCAACCCAGAGCCCACACCCCAACCACCUCCUCUACGGGACUUUGACACUCCAGGCCACUAUGCACCUACCCUGAUCACCACAGGGCCAGGUUUGAGACAACUGGGGACACUUCUAAGCCCUAGAGCCUGCUGAAAUUAUUCAAACUAGCCAAUGCUCAGACUGCUGACCCUGCCUCACCCAUUCCUUCCCAUGGAAACCACAAUAAAGACUCUUGCCCACAUUUUCCCUUUUUCCCUCUGCUUCCUGAUCAACCCUGGUGCCUCUCUGUAUGGCCCUGCAUGACAUGGCAUGCCCCCUCCUUUUGGUAUUGGUGAAUAUAACAAGUUACCUUUUCAGUAGCAAUUGUCUCCUGAUUUUUUGGCCUCACCAGAUAAUAACUUGAAUUUACAAGAAAUGAACAGCACUACAAAUGGUAUCUGUGGGUUAAUAUAAAAGUCUUUAAAUGUUUUUUUCUCUUUUCUUCUAAUUUU